CCGCCAACGGCGACAGGCGCCGCCAUUUUGGACGCUGCAGCAUGAGAUGACCAUUUCCACAUAUGUCCAAGCAAAACAAGCAUUCUGGCGGGGGAUCCAACAUCCUCCGCGGGGGGAAGCGGUCGUAUGAAUGCGGAACCCUGAUCGGCAACUUUGUCGAGGAAGCAUACCGGCCUGGCGUCGUCCGUUCGCAGGGAUUCACGUCGUCCAUGUACACGACAUCGACGCAGCUGCAGCAGUCCGGUGGGGCAGUCAAGCCGGCCUUUGGACCGGCGCUGCAGAACGACCUCAACCCGCGCUACGACUACACGAACCUCGUGGGCCCGGAUACGCUGCAUGCGCCGUCGACGUGGGUGCCGGCGUCCAAAACGUGCGACUUCCAUCCGCGGGACCUCAAGACCGCGACGAUGACUGGCCCUGAUCUAGAAGCGUACAGGCAGAAAUGGACCAAGGAGCAGGGAGGCGUCAAGGAACUCCGCUUCAGCACGGAAGCCAUUGCGACCCAAGGAAUUGUCGUGCCUGCGCAGUUCAAGCCGCGGCACUUGCUGCCCACCGACACAACAUAACAACUAUCGCUUGUUCUUAUAUCGUUCUCUUGCAUCUCUAACAUGUACAUGUCGUGUCGUCUAAUCCAGUUCCACCGACGGCACGUCUUUGUCAACGUCGGUGGUGUUGGCAAUGUCGUCGUCGUCAUUGUCCGAGACGGCCGCGAGUCCUCGCGAUGCGCUCGACGAGGCAGGAAGUGUCGGGAAUUGCUGAGCCUCGGACGACGAGUCGCCGGGGGGUCGCUUGGUCCCGGCGUGGUUGCCUCCGCGGGUCAAGUCCACUACCAGCGCGCAAAUGUUGUCUUGACUGCCGCGCUGGUACGAGUAUUCCAUGAUAGUUUUUGCGGCCAACUAAGAAGUUUCGAUUCGAAUGAGAAUAAAAUCAUGUUUUUUCGCAGAACAAUAUCGAAAAAAAAGAAGUAGAAGGAUCUGGAGUACUGUAC